AUUUCUUUCGUAGACAUCAAUUAUUAGUUAUAACAAAUGUUGUUACCAUAAACCAUUUGUAUUAAUUUUAUUCAGUUUCUACCCAAGUUAAUGUCCGGCAUCAAAUUAUCAAUCACGUCGGUCGAUGAAAAAUACUGCUCACUAAUUUACUAAUUAGGCAUUAGCAACCCGAAACGACAUCGUUUAACGAGCAAGCAGACGGUGGUGGAGGCCUUCUUGCAAUCCGACAGCCUAAUAUGGACGCUUCCGCACGAGCGAUGGUGGAGGCCAUCCACGCCACUCCCACUCAGGCCGUACUCUAUUUCGCCGGCGGCGCAUCUCAGGCGCUCGGGUGGCUGAUGUCUGUACCGGGAGCUUCGAACACUGUUCUAGAAGCAGUUGUGCCGUAUUCUAGAAUGUCCCUGGUCCAGUUACUCGGCAAGGUUCCAGCUCAAUUCGCCAGUCGACAGACUGCGGAGGACAUGGCGUUGAUGGCGUACAAUAGAGCUACAGUGCUUUCCAAUCCAGGUUUUCCGGCUCUUGGUGUGGGUUUCAGUGGUUCUCUAGCUAGCUCACGUCCCAAGCUUGGGGAUCACAGGUUUCAUGUAUCAACAAGGACAUCUGACCAUCUUUGGUCAUCUACUGUAACCUUGUCUAAGGGUAAGAGAACCCGUGAACAAGAAGAUAAAGUUUCUAGCCAAUUUGUACUGAAGGCAAUAGCAUAUGCUUGCAAGGUUCCGACAACAUUCAUUUCUGAGCUAACUGAUUCUGAAGUUCCUGAUGAACAUAAAGUGCAAUUCAACGAAGAUCAGGAGUUGAAGCAACUUAUCAACGGUGAAAUAUGCUUUAAGGUUUACCCCUUUUCAAGUGAUUUGUCGACGGCAGAAAGGAAGAUAAUUCUCUCAGGCUCUUUCAAUCCCUUGCAUGAGGGCCACCUAAAACUCUUGGAAGUAGCUGAGAGCAUUCUUGGUGAAGGAUACCCGUGCUUUGAGUUGUCGGCAGUCAAUGCAGACAAACCUCCACUUACCGUGUCUCAAAUCAAACAACGUGUUAUGCAAUUUGAAAAAGUUGGGAAGACUGUCAUAAUAUCCAAUCAGCCAUAUUUCUACAAGAAAGCCGAACUUUUUCCCGGUAGCGCAUUCGUGAUUGGUGCUGACACUGCAGCAAGGCUUAUAAAUCCCAAAUAUUACAGCGGUGAUUAUGAGAGAAUGUUACAAACUCUGUUGGGUUGCAAAAGCACAGGUUGUGUCUUCCUCGUUGCUGGUCGGAUCAUAGACGCGGAGUUUAAGGUUGUUGAUGAUCUUGAUAUUCCGGCGGAGCUAAGGGAUUUGUUCAUCCCAAUUCCACCGGAGAAAUUUCGAGUGGACAUUUCGUCCACUCAAAUCAGGAAGGCUCAAGGAAUGCUUUAAAUAAUGUGGAUUUUUAUACAGAUUUUAUUUUUUAUUAUUCAGAAAUUGUAUCCCUAUUUCGAAGCUUGAUACGAACGAAUUGUAUCUGGAUUUGCGUGUGUUGGAUUUGUGAGACUGAAUUGUGAAGAUGCAGAUCAUUCAGAAAGUGCACAAAUGGAGAUUUUUUUUUUGUUUU